AUGAAGCUUUCUCUUGUCUUCAGCACGCUCGCGUCCAUGGUUGAUGAGCAUAACUUGUUGCCAGAUGUAGAGAAGCGCGAGGAGCUUGACUCUGACCUCUUCGGUUACGAUUAUCACAAGCGCGAGGAGCUUGACUCUGACCUCUUCGGUUGUGAUUAUCAUGAUCAUGGCAAGCGCGAAGAGCUUGACUCUGACCUUUUUGGUUACGAUUAUCAUGGCAAGCGCGAAGAGCUUGACUCUGAUCUCUUCGGUUAUGAUUACGAGAAAUACAAUUAUGAGAAGCGCGAGGAGCUUGACUCUGAUCUCUUUGGUUACGACUAUCAGGGUCACAAGUAA